GCGCGCUACGGCUCCAGCUCAAGCGGGGGUGCCAGUGUUCCCUCAGCUGACCGACACUAUUUCCUCUACUUGACCCCCUGUACUGGGUGGCUGAGCCAGGCCCUUGGCUUCUCCUCUAGUCUCUUGCUCUCCCGGUCCUGGGCACCUCCCCACCCCCCACCCCCGCUCCGAGGUGCUCCGCAGGUGAGCAACGCUGCAGCGCCGCGGUCCGGAGAGCUCACCUUGCACAGACCAGUUGAGGCCAGAGCGAACUCUGGUCGCUGUAGGAUGAAGAACCCAAUGCUGGAAGCUGCGUUCCUCCUCCUGGAGAAGCUGCUCCUUAUUUCCAACUUCAAGCUCUUUAGCCUGUGUGCUCCGGGAGGAGGCACAGGGAAGAACCGUCCCUAUGAAAUCAGCUCUUUUCUCCGUGGCGACGUGUUGGAGGUGUCACGGACCCAUUUUACCCACUAUGGGAUCUACCUGGGAAACAACCGUGUCGCCCAUCUAAUGCCCGACAUCCUGUUGGCCCUGACCAAUGACAAGGAACGCACUCAGAAGGUGGUCUCCAACAAGCGUCUCGUCCCGGGAGUCAUUUGCAAGGUGGCCAGCAUCCGUGUGGACACAGUAGAGGACUUUGCCUAUGGAGCAGACAUCCUAGUCAAUCACCUAGAUGAGACUCUUAAGAAGAAGUCCUUGCUCAAUGAGGAGGUGGCACGCAGAGCUGAGCAGCAGUUGGGACUGAGACCAUACAGUCUACUGUGGAACAACUGCGAACACUUUGUGACCUACUGCAGAUACGGCUCUCCGAUCAGUCCGCAGGCUGAGAAGUUUUAUAACAUCGUGAAGAUAAUCAUUCGUGAUCAGAGAAGUUGUCUUGCUUCAGCUGUCUUGGGAUUAGCGUCUAUUGUCUACACGGGCCUGGCAUCCUACAUGACCCUUCCUGCAAUCUGUAUCCCAUUCUGCUUGUGGAUGAUGUCUGGCUAGCUUCCAAUCCCCAUGUAAAUGUGUAUGUAUUUUGUGUGAAAAUAUGUUUAUAUUUAUAGAGCACAAAACAGUAUAAGUAUUGUUGUAAAAAAGUGGCCCACAACACUGUGUUCUAGAUAAAAGAGCGAUUAAGAAUCAUACAAUGUGCUUGCCAUGUAAGCCGAAUAAAGUCUUUCCAAGUCCUCUCAGGCACCUCUGCUGCCGAGCACCUGGAAGCAUGACAGGCUGUCAGAGGUCAGCAGCCACAGAGAAGUGGUACCUGAGGUGACAGCCACAGGAGAUUAUGUAGGUUGUUCUUUUCCUCCUGUAGUCAUUCUGCUGUUAGACUUAUCAGUUGAGAUCACUAACUUUAUUGUAAUGCAUUUUUAUUUAAUGACUAUUAUUAAAGUGAAAGUUUUCCCUCCUUUA